UCUAUGACUCUACUCGAGAAGAACAACGUGUUUUCUAAAAGGGUAUGAAAGCGGUUUAAGGAAUAAUCUGGAGAAUUUGCCCACGGUCAUUUAAAAACGCGGAGAUAAAGCGGGCGGCUUAGUUCACGCCAAUCAAAUACAAAAAUAUAAUGUCGGUCUCGCAGCCAUUUGCUCUCGGCGUUGUGCUGUCCACGCUGUGUGUGUUCGUGACCCACAGCCAGGGAUUCGCUGCCUGGCUUGGGGAUAUUUCAAGGAACCGGGCCCGAACCCGAGUUCGCCCGGACAUACCGGGCCCGAUCUCCCCCCGGCUCUCGCCUCCCCCAGCCCCCGCGCCCGACGUGCAGCUCCGAGCGCAGGAGAGACCCCGGAUCAGGGUGCAGUGCGGGGAGGCCACGGUGCGCGUCUCCGUGGACAGACUCUAUUUCGGGGAGCCCGGCCCGGUCAGCGCCGCCUCUCUCCGCCUGGGGGAGGACCCCCGGGCGCCCGGCAGCUGCACGCCGGAGCCCACGGCCUCUGUGCCGGGCGCGGCGCUGGUCAUCACCGCCCGCCUGCACGAGUGCGGGAGCGUCUCUCGGGUGACCCCGCAGGCGCUGGUCUACCUCAACAAGCUGGUCUACUCGCCCUCCCCGGCCGGCGGCGUGCUCGAGCGGGCCUCUCCCGUGCUAGUGCCCCUCGAGUGUCACUACAGGAGGAAGCACAGAGUGAGCAGCGAGGCCGUGCGCCCCACCUGGCUGCCCUUCACCUCCACCCGCUCCGCCGGGGGGCUCCUGCGCUUCUCACUGCGGACCAUGAACGAGGACUGGGGCUCCCCCCGGCUGUCCAGCGUCUUCUACCUGGGGGAGACCGUGCGUCUGGAGGCGGCGGUCAGCUCCCAGGGUCACCCUCCUCUGCGGCUGUUUGUGGACCGCUGCGUGGCCACCUGUACCUGA